AGGUAGAUGUGCAAUACACUACCCCCUGUUAUCUGUAUUUCUUUUAACUUCGUCUCCUCAUUGUUUCCCUCCCUCUCUCUCUCUCUCUGCCUAUCUUAGAGGAAAAGUAUAUCUGGAUUUGUGGGUUUCUGAAGUUUGGUUGGGUGAGGAUGGGGAGGCAACCAUGCUGUGACAAAAUUGGGUUGAAGAAAGGUCCUUGGACAGCUGAGGAGGACAAGAAGCUCAUUAACUUCAUUCUCACCAAUGGCCAAUGUUGUUGGAGAGCUGUUCCUAAGCUUGCAGGAUUGUUAAGGUGUGGCAAAAGUUGCAGACUGAGAUGGACAAACUAUCUUAGGCCAGAUUUGAAGAGAGGUCUUUUAUCGGAAUAUGAAGAGCAAAUGGUCAUUGAGCUCCAUGCUCAACUUGGCAACAGAUGGUCUAAGAUUGCUUCUCAUCUCCCUGGAAGAACUGAUAAUGAGAUCAAGAAUCACUGGAACACCCACAUCAAGAAAAAACUAAAAAAGAUGGGUAUUGAUCCAAUCACCCACAAACCAAUCUCUACAGCAAGUAAUCAACCCCAGCAAGAACAAGAGCAAAAAGAGAAACAAACUUCUCUAACUGAUAGUGAUACUAAACCUGACUUUGAUCAAAACAAGGAACCGGAGACAUCAUUGGAGUCAUCCUCCAUUACUGAAGCCAGAGAGGAAGGCAAAAGCAUGACAAGCACAUGUGACCCAAUGGAGCUCUUGGAUAGCUUCUGCACUGAUGAAGUUCCAUUAAUUGAACCCCAUGAGAUUCUUGUCCCAUGUGCAGAUUCUUCAUCAAGUUCUUCCUCCUCCUUAUCCUCAUCUUCUUCAAUAAGCCCAUGUGACCCAAUGGAGCUCAUGAAUAAUAGCUUCUGCACUGAUGAAGUUCCAUUAAUGGAACCCCAUGAGAUACUAGUCCCAUGUGCAGAUUCUUCAUUAAGUUCUUCCUCCUCAUCAUCCUCCUCUUCUUCUUCAAAUUCCUCCAACUUCUUGCAAGACUUGCAGUUCCCGGAUUUUGAGUGGCCUUGUGACUCUAACAUAAGCAACAGCAUGGGAUUGUGGGAUGAUGACCUCAGUCGUUGGGAUUUAUUGAUUAAUGAUAAUGGUGACAAAAAGCAGAUUGUUGAUCCUUCUCUUCACUGCCCGAUAAUGGUUUUGGAUCAAGAAUCUUGGGCAUACACAUAUAUAUAGCCUAUUGUGAGUACUGGAGAAUCUUCUUGUGCGCCUUAUCUGUAACUUGAUUGUUAGCAAUGAAUUAUCAAGAUCCGGGAAAACCCCAUCUCUGAACUAGCAAUUUACUUUCAUAACUUCGAAGUGAAUUACGUAAAAUAAACAUUUAUGUAUAUAUAUGAGAAUGGAAGUAUUUUGGAUUGUUCUUUCAA